GAUAGAUUGUGCUUUCUUUUUAGAGGUUUGAUUUGUGUUUAAAAAAUAUUAAACUUAAAAAAAAAAAAAUUAGUACACCUCCAAGCCAAACACAUAUGUGAUAUGCCGAUCACUCUAUAUAUCUAGCUUGACCUAUUGCAGCUUUGGCCCUCAACUAUUUGUUCUCCUCUUGCUAAAAGCCUAAAUGAAAUUUGAGAAUUAUUCAUCGUCACAAUCUUCAAUUCGUCAGACUUUAUCAUGCAAGCAAUGCAACAGCCCUAAUAUUAAUAAUCUUCCACGAGGGCAAGAGCGGCCAGUUGCAGUUUUGAAGAAGAACAAAGCGGGAAGGAAGAAGUUCAAGGAGACGAGGCAUCCGGUAUAUAGGGGGGUGCGGAGAAGAAAUGGGAAUAAAUGGGUAUGUGAAGUGCGUGAACCAAACAAGAAAUCAAGAAUUUGGGUGGGGACCUUCAAGAGCCCAGAAAUGGCAGCUAGGGCACAUGAUGUUGCUGCUUUAGCACUUAAAGGAGAGCUUGCUGCCUUGAACUUUCUCGAUUCAGCUUUGAUACUUCCUCGAGCAAAGUCGUCUUCUGCUAGAGAUAUACAAAGGGCUGCCCUUGCUGCUACAGAGGUCUUGGGAGGAAGUGCUUCUUCGUGUUCUUCUUCCUCCUCACCUGAUCAUAAGAAACUUUCAUGCGUGACGAGGUCAAGGAAAGUCUUGAGUCCAUCUUUAAGUGAUCUUCCAGUACAUGAGAAGGGCACAGAAAAUGUCUUAAGACCUUCAUUAAUUGACACACAAAGUGUUGAGAUAUAUGAAAAGAAGGUUUCUAAUGAAGAGCCUUUUUCAAAUAUGGUCAUGUCAUGCUCUAAUAACUGCUGCUCAGAGAAGGUGCCUAAUCAUUCCAAUGCAACGUUCUUUGAUGAGGAGGCAUUGUUUAACAUGCCAGGAUUACUUGAUAGCAUGGCAGAGGGUUUGAUCCUUACCCCGCCAGCUAUGGCAAGAGGAGUUUAUUGGGAUGACAUGGCUUGUUCUACGGACUUGACAUUAUGGGAGGACGACUACUUAGAUUCUCAGUGAUCACUACACACACACACACACGCACGCACGCACGCACGCACGCACGCACACUACCAUUCCAUCCAUUAUCCUUCUUAGGGCUCAUUGGAAAUGGACUUUUUAGAACAUUAAUUAUAAUGUCUUCUUAAUUAAUUAAGAUUCUAGGGUUCAUAGGCUCUAGGAGUCCACUCAUCCUCUUUAGAACUUAAUUUUAGAGUUCAAUUUUCCCUCUUUUCUACCAAUUUAUUGUUAUGUAGGGAGAGAAUCGUUGUAUAUAAUUUGGAAUCGAUGACCUAU